AUGUCGGAAAAUCCGAAACCCGAAUCCAAUCGGAACCCACCGCCUAAAUCGAUCCCAGAAAUCGGAAACAACAGGGCCUCCGAUUUCUCGGGCCAUCAAAAGCUCCGUUACCCGAACCCACCCGACCUAUCAAACCCGGACCCUUCAACACUCAGAGAUCAAUGGAGGUAUGCCAUCAGGCAGUACAGUAGAUGGUACUCCCACGCCUGGGGCACUGCAAUUCUUGCUGGGUUUUCGUUUUUUGCCCUCGGUUGGGUCAUCAAAGGUUCUAAUCCCCUUCCCUCUUUCAACUCCGACUCUAACAAAAAUGAACACCCAAAGUGA